CAGCGGAAAUACAGCUAUGUGCGGGAUUACAACAUGGCUUCCAAACAAAUUGUAUUUCGAUAUUUACGCAGUGUAUCUCGAAGAACUGCGAAAUUGAGUGUGAUUGAUAGAAUUGGUGUUCCUGCUGUACAGUCAUAUUCCACACAAUGUGCUGUGAGAAAAUAUGGAAGAUCACUGGGAACACACAAAUUUCCAACACCAUUUUGUUGUCAACAAGUGCGAACCAUGUUCGUACAGACUCAGGAUACACCAAACCCUAACAGUAUCAAGUACCUCCCUGGAACAUCAGUAUUGGAGCAGGGGACCAUGGACUUUCCUAAUUACCAAGCUGCACACUGUUCUCCUUUGGCCAGACAACUGUUCAGAAUAGAAGGUGUAAAAGGAGUGUUCUUUGGUACAGACUUCAUAACAGUCACAAAACUGGAUGACGAUGUGGAAUGGAAGGUUCUCAAUCCUCAGAUAUUUGCCACUAUCAUGGAUUUUUUCGCCAGUGGACUUCCAGUUCUCACUGAUGAACAACCUUCUUCCGAUACAGCCAUAGACGAAGAUGAUGAUGAAACUGUGUUGAUGAUUAAGGAACUGCUUGACACCAGGAUAAGGCCUACUGUACAGGAAGACGGUGGUGAUAUUGUCUACAUGGGUUUUGAGGAUGGUAUUGUGAAGCUAAAGCUUCAAGGUUCCUGCACCAGUUGUCCAAGCUCAGUGGUGACCUUAAAGAGUGGAGUGCAGAACAUGCUACAGUUCUAUAUACCUGAUGUCCUUGGUGUAGACCAGGUGGAGGAUGAAGUUGAUGAUAUCAACAAUACAGAGUUUAUAAAACUGGAAGAAAAGCUUGGAGAAAAGUCAGGAGACACCUAGAACUCAACUGUAUAACAUGCAUACAAACCUUGUUCUUCAUAGAAUUGUAGACAGUUAUGAAUUGGUCCUAAACAUCUCUACAAUGUGGAUCCAUGGAUUCCUACAAGUCAGUUAUAAACGUCUGAAGAUAACUGAGAACGCUGAAUCAAGUUGGAUGUAAAUUAUUGACUCUGCAGUAUUAAACAGACAUUUACUGAUUCCGAUCCUUCCUAUCUAUAUACUUCAUACAGAACUUGGUAAAGCCUUUAUAAGGAAUUGAGAUGACAUGCUUGAUCAGAACUGUUUUUGUGUCAUUAAUAUAAUAAAUGAGUAUGCUUAUUAUCUCAUGAAAAUUGCUGAGAUGGUGUUUUCCAGUGUGUUUAUAAAACUGACUGAUUUAAAAUACAUAUGCAUCAAUGUAAAGGAUUUUAUGUGUAAAUUGUGGAAAAAGUCUACAAGAUUGCAAUAUAACAGUCCUUUUAUUAGAUAAGACAUAGAGGUUGCCCAUUUGAGUAAUGGUUGGUUUUUAUAUUUAUCUAACUCGAGUAAGUUAAUCGUCAAAUUGUAUAAAGACACAUGGUUUACCGAGGGUCUUUUACAAUUUGAAAAUUAACUUACGAGAGCUAGAUAAACAUGAUAACCAACCAUCAUGACUUUGGGGACCUUUUCCCCCAUGAAGUUCGUAUUAUAUCUAGAAAACCAAAUGUUUCCCUUAAGAUGUUUCUGUUUCCUGUUUAAUAAACUAUUGCCAGUCACAUGAAUCAUGUUGUCACAAUUUAAGAUGACAGCACAGAGCAUUGUCAUGUGACAUCAUAUUUCAAAGAUUAACCAAUGAAAUAAGGUCCUAGGUGUUACCCACUAGUGGCUAACGAGAAAUGUUUACCAAGCACGUUUAUGUUCACAGUGUAACAAAACAUAUGUGGUUAAUGGUUUAUCAUGAUCUCCAGUGUAGUACGUGCUUUUCCAGACAAAAAAUGAGCAGACAAUUCAAUAAAUAAUCUAUUGAGACCUGAUUAGUAUGAAGGGUUAAACUGCAAUACUAAGUUUUUAAGGAAAAAAUGAGUCAAAAGAUAUUUACUUAAUGUGUUGAUAAGCAAGUUUCUACUUAAUCAGUUCAAAGGAACAGUGAUGCCAUAACAAAUUAAACCAACUGUAAAGAAUCUUUGUAAACUGUUUAAGAAACACAGGAAAUUAUGAUUGUAUGACAUGAAUAAGUAGGUGUCAAAUUGUCCCAAUGCAAAAGAAAAAUUAAUUGACCCAAUCUGAGACAUACUCUAAGCUUGCCUGGCACAGAAUGCCUGUAAGUGUUGUUGCACUGUCUGUCAUUGGCCUAUUUUCAAGGUUAUAUUGGUAAAAAAAAAAAGACUUUUUUUAAAUGAUGUGAACAAGCAUGUGGCCUAGGGUCACGAAAUUUGGCCCAUACUAUUCCGUCUUUUGCAAUACCUGCUCACAAGAGAAGAUAACUGCGAUAUGCAAAGACGGAAUACAAAGACGGAAUACUGUGAUGAAAAGUUAUGAAGUAUUUUCGAUUAGCAUGAACUUGACUUUCAUUAAAAGUAAUAUAGGUGUCAUUGUGUAAGAACAUCCAAGAGGUCUAGGGUCAUGGCAUCUUUGGUCCCAUGGGAAAAUUGUACUUGCACAAACAAGUGUAAGUGUGAUUUUCCCCUGGGAACGAGGAUGGGGUCAUGGUUAUUUGCCGAAAACAUGUUGGUUGAAAGGUUUGAUGUUGACCCACUUUUAAGAUCACAGAGGACAUAUGUCUCACACGUUUGAUGAAAUCCAUCUGAAUAACCAACAACAGCUCCUUAAAUUUGAACCUUGACCCUCGUAUAAGUUUACAAGGGUCAAAUAAAUUAAAAUCUUUAAACAGCUUUUUCAGAAUACUGGUAUCAUUGAUUCACUUUGAAGGUUGAAUGGGUAGUACAUGUAUAAGUUGUACUCUUCCGGCAAAAAGUAAUGAAAUUUAGCCUGUACAGUGUUAGCUUGUUUGUUAUAAGGUUUGUUUAAAUAAAUUUGACUGACCAAUUUUGCCAAUAUAUAGGUGAGUGAUACAAGCUAAAUGAGCCUCCUCUACGAAGAUUACAUUAGAUAUUGUGUUCGGUAGAAGUUUCUAGUUAUACUCACCUUACUCAGAAAACUGAAAACUUUCACCCGUGAAAGCUUUUUUCUUCCAGUGUUAUUUUUGCCUUUCACAAUUAAUAUCUUGAUUGUAUAUUAUGUUCUUUAUCUAUAUUCAUGGUAAUGGUAAAUUCACCCUCAUUAUAUAUUAAAGUAUUAAACAAAGUGUAGCUGAAUCGAGUCAUUUCGGUACAUAUAUAUAACAACUAUUGGCUGGGUUAAAAGAACUUUCCAUAAUCCAUUACCCAUAAUGAGGGUCGCUGCAAAAAAAGGCAAAAAUUAAACUGCAGUGAAUAUUUCCAGGUAUACAGUAAUCAUGGCCGAAGCACUUUAUUACUAUGAUAUGGGUCUGUGCCCUUCUGUCUCUCAACCUUUUGACAUAUUUAUGUUGGAGUUAAGAUACAGAUCCCAAACCGAACAAGAUUGUUCUGAUGUGGGUCUGACCAAUGCACUGUAUGCUUGUUCUUUAACUGUUGUGUAACCGUUGAAUAUUAGGGUGCUGGUUACUCUAGUACAUGGUCUCUAUUUGAAGUUUCAUUCAUUUUAAGUGUGGGGAAUUAUUUCUUAAAUAUGGCACAGUAUUAUGAUAUUAAGUCUAUAAACCAGGAGAUACAAAACCUUAAAGCAAAAAACAUAAAUCCUGUUAUCUAUAAGGUUAUAAACUUACAGAAUUUUGAUGCAUGUGCUGUCUUCUUAAUUAUGACAAUAAUACCAUCAGUUAUAUACCAUGUAUUUAUUAAUUUGUUUUUGUUGUUUUAGAGUUUUUUAUCAUUAAGUGAUGGUCCUGGAGUUUGAGUUGGGCAAUUCUCUUUCAUAAUUCACACUAGUACAAGUCACUUAUAGUUCUUUUCAGUCACACGUGGCUUUUAACAUCUUGCUUUUAACGCAUGACAAAUGGCCCCUAGGGUCUAACCAAUCACCUGAGUUUUGCUCUUUUUUGUCAUGAUGUGUAAUGGAAAUAAGCAUGUACGUAUAACAAACAAGAUAUUUAAUUACUGAUAUUUCAGGAAAAAAACACCAAUAUCCAUUCAAAUAAAUUACUCUAAAAAUGUGAAA